AUGCCACCUGCCUCAAGCCGACCAAUGAGCCCCGAAAAUCCUGAACGAAAUCACAUUAGCAGGUACCUCUCCCUGGGAGCAGUCUUCAGAGGGGAUGGGAAAGGUGGUGGCCAGCAGUUCUGUGGGCCAUAUUUUGAUAACCGAGUGUCCUAUCACCACCUCCCUCACUGGGCUCAGAAGAAGAGAUUCUUGAUGGCCUGUUCUAGCAUUGCUCUCAUAUUCGUCUUGGGUGUCAUAGCUACUCUCAUCGCUGUGGCAAUGGAGAGGAGAGGUGGAAACGAUCGAAAUGAGCCCGUCAUCUACCACGUCGACCGUGUGUGCUCGAGGGACUGGCCUCUGUACCGAUACUUCUCCGUCACAUCCCUCGAAUGCAACUGCGGACUUGACCGCAUCCACGGAACACGACGCACCCAAUACUGCUUCGCUUUCACCGUCAGCAUCGGCAGUCCCCACCUCGACUUCCGCAGAUUCACACGCGGCCGAUCUCUUGACGAGCACCUUGACCACCUCGGCGCCCACUACGACGUCUGCUCACUGUCAAUACAACUGUCUCAGCACCUCGUGCUUCUGGGGGUGCCCGGGAGUGGCUUGUAA